AAUGUCAUCUCUUCUUUCUCUACCAUCAGUCACUCGGCAUCUGAAGAGGCCUCUGGCUCUGACUCUGCAAGCCAGUCUGAAAGUGAGCAGGGCAGCGAGUCAAACAGCAGCUCGGAGUCCUCUGAAAGUCAGUCUGAAUCCGAAAGCGAAUCAACAUGUUCGAAAUCCCAGCAGACCCCUCCUGAAACCAAAGAAAAACCGGCCUCUAAGAAGGAAAGGAUAGCAGAUGUUAAAAAGAUGUGGGAAGAAUAUCCUGAUGUUUAUGGGGUUAGGAGGUCAAACCGAAGCAGACAAGAACCGUCACGAUUUAAUAUAAAAGAUGAGGCAAGUAGUGAAUCUGAAAAUGAGAGCCCAAAAAGAAGAGGCCAGAAGCAAUUGAAAAAAACAAACAAAUGGAAAAGAGAGGUCUCUGGUGAAGAAGAGGAUGAAGAUGGAGGGGAGCAAGGCACCAGUGGAGAGAGUGAGCCUGAACCGAAGAAAAUCAAAGCAAGAAGACCUGCCCAGAGGAGAACAGUGGCCAAAACCAAUGUUAAAAAGCCUCACAAACGCCAGUGUGGCAAGAAGAGAAAGAGACCAGACUCAUCUGAAGAGGAUGAUGAUGACGAAGAUGACGAGACCCCCAAGAGACAAACUCGACGAAGAGCAGCCAAAAAUGUCAGUUACAAAGAAGAUGAUGAUUUUGAGACGGAUUCCGAUGACCUGAUAGAGAUGACUGGGGAAGGAGCUGAUGAACAACAAGACAACAGUGAAACUAUUGAGAAAGUUUUGGACAUAAGGACUGGAAAAAAAGGAGCCACUGGUGCUUCCACCACAGUGUAUGCAACUGAAGCCAACGGCAACCCAAGCGCUGACUUUGAUCCUGAGAAGGAUGAGGGAGAAGUUCAGUACCUGAUCAAGUGGAAAGGCUGGUCGUACAUCCACAGCACGUGGGAGAGCGAAGAGUCCCUGCAGCAGCAGAAAGUGAAGGGCCUGAAAAAGCUAGAAAACUUCAAGAAAAAAGAGGAGGAGAUCAAGCAAUGGCUGGGCAAGGUAUCACCUGAAGAUGUAGAAUAUUUCAACUGCCAACAAGAGCUAGCUUCAGAGCUAAACAAGCAGUAUCAAAUAGUGGAGAGAGUAAUUGCUGUGAAGACCAGCAAGUCUACGACGGGACAUUCAGAUUUCCCAGCAAACAGUCGGAAGACAUCCUCGAAUGACCCCGAGUACCUGUGUAAGUGGAUGGGGCUGCCCUACGCCGAGUGCAGCUGGGAGGAUGAGGCUCUCAUCAGCAAGAAAUUUCAGCAUUGCAUCGACAGCUUCAACAACCGGAACAACUCCAAAACGAUCCCUACCCGGGACUGCAAGGUAUUGAAGCAGAGGCCAAGGUUUGUUGCCUUGAAGAAACAGCCUUCUUACAUUGGUGGUGAGAACUUGGAGCUGAGAGAUUACCAGCUGGAGGGCCUCAACUGGCUCGCUCACUCAUGGUGCAAGAACAACAGUGUGAUCCUGGCUGAUGAAAUGGGCCUGGGCAAGACGAUCCAGACGAUAUCGUUCCUGUCGUACCUCUUCCACCAGCACCAGCUCUACGGCCCCUUCCUGGUGGUGGUGCCCUUGUCCACCCUCACCUCGUGGCAGAGAGAGUUUGAAGUGUGGGCACCCGAGAUCAAUGUGGUGGUUUACAUAGGAGACCUCAUGAGCAGGAACAUGAUACGUGAAUAUGAGUGGAUCCACUCUCAGUCUAAAAGGCUGAAAUUCAAUGCACUUAUCACAACCUACGAGAUCCUUCUCAAGGAUAAGGCUGUUUUGGGAAGUAUUAACUGGGCCUUUCUAGGCGUGGAUGAAGCCCAUCGGUUGAAAAAUGACGACUCUCUGCUGUACAAAACGUUGAUUGAUUUCAAGUCCAACCACAGGCUGCUGAUCACGGGCACCCCGCUUCAAAAUUCACUCAAAGAGCUCUGGUCCCUGCUGCAUUUCAUCAUGCCAGAGAAGUUUGAGUUUUGGGAGGAUUUUGAAGAGGAUCAUGGGAAGGGUAGAGAGAAUGGCUACCAGAGCCUUCACAAAGUCCUGGAGCCAUUUCUCCUGCGCAGAGUAAAGAAGGAUGUGGAGAAAUCUUUGCCAGCCAAAGUGGAGCAGAUCCUCCGGGUGGAAAUGUCUGCUCUGCAGAAACAGUAUUACAAGUGGAUUUUGACAAGAAACUACAAAGCUCUUUCAAAGGGAACGAGAGGGAGCACAUCUGGUUUCCUGAACAUUGUGAUGGAGCUGAAAAAGUGCUGCAACCACUGCUACCUUAUCAAACCUCCUGAGGAAAAUGAGAGAGAGAAUGGCCUUGAGACCCUGCAGUCUCUCGUCAGGAGCAGCGGAAAACUGAUUCUCCUGGACAAGCUGCUGACCAGACUGCGGGAGAGAGGCAACAGGGUGCUGAUCUUCUCCCAGAUGGUGAGGAUGCUGGACAUCUUGGCAGAGUACCUGACUAUCAAACACUACCCUUUUCAGCGCUUGGACGGCUCGAUCAAAGGGGAGAUCCGAAAGCAGGCGCUGGACCACUUCAAUGCCGACGGCUCUGAGGACUUCUGUUUCUUGCUGUCAACACGAGCUGGAGGGCUGGGGAUUAAUUUGGCUUCUGCUGAUACUGUUGUCAUCUUUGACUCGGACUGGAACCCCCAAAAUGAUCUCCAGGCUCAGGCUCGGGCUCACCGGAUUGGACAAAAGAAGCAGGUGAAUAUUUACCGCCUGGUCACAAAGGGCACGGUGGAGGAGGAGAUCAUUGAGAGGGCCAAGAAGAAGAUGGUGCUGGAUCAUUUGGUGAUCCAGCGUAUGGACACCACUGGCCGGACUGUUCUGGACAACAACUCCGGGCGCUCCAACUCAAAUCCUUUCAACAAAGAGGAGCUGACGGCUAUUCUGAAAUUUGGAGCUGAAGAUCUCUUCAAGGAGCUUGAAGGGGAAGAGUCAGAGCCUCAGGAGAUGGACAUUGAUGAGAUUUUACGUCUGGCUGAAACACGAGAGAACGAAGUGUCCACCAGUGCUACCGACGAGCUCCUCUCCCAGUUCAAGGUGGCAAACUUUGCAACCAUGGAGGAGGAAGAGACAGAGCUGGACGAGCGGUCCCAGAAGGACUGGGACGAUAUCAUUCCAGAGGAGCAGAGGAAAAAGGUGGAGGAGGAAGAAAGGCAGAAGGAACUGGAGGAGAUCUACAUGCUGCCUCGAAUCCGGAGCUCGACUAAAAAGGCUCAGACAAAUGACAGUGAAUCAGAUGCAGAAACUAAGAGAAGGCUUCAGAGAUCAUCUGGAUCAGAGAGUGAGACUGAUGAUACCGACGAUGAGAAGAGACCGAAGCGCAGGGGCCGUCCUCGGAGCGUUAGAAAAGAUACUGUGGAGGGAUUUACUGAUGCUGAAAUCAGGAGAUUUAUCAAGGCAUACAAGAAGUUUGGACUGCCUCUUGAACGGCUGGAGUGCAUUGCCCGGGAUGCUGAGCUGGUGGAUAAGUCUGUGGCUGAUCUGAAGCGGUUGGGGGAGCUCAUCCACAACAGCUGUGUGUCAGCAAUGCAGGAGUAUGAGGAGCAGCUGAAGGAAAACCCAGGUGAAGGGAAAGGACCUGGAAAAAGAAGAGGACCUACUAUCAAGAUUUCUGGUGUCCAAGUCAACGUGAAAUCCAUCAUCCAGCACGAAGAGGAGUUUGAAAUGCUGCAUAAAUCCAUUCCUGCGGACCCAGAGGAAAGGAAGAAGUACCGCCUGACGUGCCGUGUCAAAGCUGCCCACUUUGAUGUAGACUGGGGAGUGGAGGAGGAUUCUCGCUUGUUAGUGGGAAUUUACGAGCAUGGUUAUGGAAACUGGGAGCUAAUUAAAACAGAUCCAGAACUGAAGUUAUCUGAUAAGAUCCUACCUGUUGAGACAGAUAAGAAACCUCAGGGAAAACAGCUCCAGACCCGAGUUGAUUAUCUACUGAAACUGCUGAAGAAAGAUCUGGACAAGAAAGAAAACAUGAAAGAUGGGGAAGAGGGCAAGCUAAAGAAGAGGAAACCACGAGUGAAGAAAGAGAACAAGGCUCCCAAAGUCAAAGAUGAGCAUGGGAAUGAGCUCUCCUCUCCUCGGCACUCAGACAACCAGUCAGAAGAAGGUGAAGUCAAGGAGGAUGGCUUGGAAAAGAGCCCGGUGAAAAAGAAACAGAAGAAGAAAGAGAACAAAGAGAACAAGGAAAAACAGACAAGCACUAAGAAAGAAAAGGAAAGUGAUAAAGAGAAAAAGAAGACGAAAGAGAAGAAAGAGAAGCCUAAAGGUGGUGAAGCCAAAUCUGGAAGUAAAGGGAAGAGAUCGCAGGGUCCCGUCCACAUUACUGCAGGGAGUGAGCCCAUCCCUAUUGGAGAAGAUGAGGAUGAUGAUCUGGACCAAGAGACAUUCAGCAUAUGCAAGGAAAGGAUGAGACCAGUCAAAAAAGCACUGAAGCAACUUGAUAAGCCUGAUAAGGGAUUGACGGUUCAAGAACAGCUGGAGCACACACGCAACUGCCUCCUGAAAAUUGGGGACCGCAUCUCUGAGUGCCUUAAAGCCUACACUGACCAGGAUCACAUCAAGCUGUGGAGAAGGAACCUCUGGAUAUUUGUGUCAAAAUUCACAGAAUUUGAUGCCAGAAAAUUGCAUAAACUCUACAAGAUGGCUCAUAAGAAAAGAUCACAGGAAGAAGAGGAGCAGAAGAAGAAGGAGGACAUGUCCAGCAUGAAGAAGCCAUUCCGCCCCGAGCCUUCAGGCUCCAGCCGCGAUUCCGUCAUGUCCCAGUCUCACGUGCCUCACAAUCCCCAUUCCCAGAAGAUCCACAUGCCCCCUUCCCACACCCAGCAGCAGAUGCACGGGCACCCGCGUGACAACUAUGGCCAUCCAAACAAGAGACAUUUCAGCAACACAGACCGAGGAGAAUGGCAAAGGGAUCGAAAGUUCAACUACGGCGGCAACAGCAACCAGCUGUGGGGCGGGGAGCGGCACCACCAGUACGAGCAGCACUGGUACAAGGACCACCACUACGGGGACCGGCGGUCCCGGGGGGAGCCCCACCGCAGCUCGGGCAACUACAGACCAAACAACCUCUCCCGCAAGAGGCCGUACGAGCAGUACAACAGCGACCGAGACCACAGGGGCCACCGGGACUACUACGACAGGUAA